UCAAAGGCCUAAAAGCUCCACUUCCUUCUUCGCACUGCGAAAAAUCCAGAAACAAAAAACAGAGAAAAGCGUCCUCUGCAAAUCUAGGGACGUGGGUUUCAGUUCUUCGAAGAAUCCUUGGCUACCCAUCAAAGUUUUGGAUUUUCUUGGCUUGUUUGGUCUGUGAAAAAAGAAAGAACAAGAAAUGCCCAUUGACGUCGCAGGAGCUGCUGUGGGAAUGGCAUUCGGCGAGUUGCUCGCACUCGUUAAGAAUGUAUUGACAACAGUUGCUGCGUUUCGUCCCCAGCUCAAGAACAUCGAAUCCACCUUAAGGACGAUAGAACCAAUCAUCAAUGAAAUCGACAGGUGCAACACACUGCUGGACCGUCCAAGAGGGAUGGAUCGGAUCAAAGAACUAUUGGAUGAAGGCAAAAGACUGGUCAACAAGUGCUCGGGGACUUCCAGGCUUCACAUGUCGAAGCAGUAUAAGCUCUCGAACGAGCUGACCGGAUUCCUCGCGGCGCUCAAGAGCGAGAUCGAUAUUUACAUGGUGCUACUGAUCACGAGAGACGUCAUGCUGAUGAGGUUGAAGCUGGAGGAGUUGACCGCAAAAAUCGAAGCAAAGGACCAUUCCGGUGAAGUGUAUGGCGAGGCCCUACAGAGCGGGCCUGGGUCUUCAAGAAGGCACAAUGAACAAGAAAGGCCGGUUGAUUUUGCAGCAGCUGCUGUGGAAACAGCAUUCAGGGAGCUGCUUGAGCUCGUUAAGAACCUAGGGAAAACUGUUGCUGCGUUUGGCGGCCAGCUAAAGAAGAUCGAGUCCACAUUGAGCUCCAUAGGCCCAAUCAUCAAUGAGAUCGACAAGUUCAACAAUCUGCUGGACCGUCCGCAAGAGAUGGGUCGGAUCGAGAACCUAUUGAAGCAAGGCGAAGGACUGGUCAACAAGUGCUCGAAGAUCCACAAGUUCAACCUGUGGAUGAAGUAUACGCACUCGAAAAAGCUGACCAACUUCAACGCAGAAGUCGUGGAGAAGUUCCAGAUUUACAUGCCGCUGGUGAAUGCGAGGAAUGGCACGGAGACAUUGGUGGAGUUGAAGCGGAUCGGGGGAGACGUGAAGAAGGUCAAGGAGUCAAUUUCCGUGAUAGUGAACACCGGGGCCCUCCAGAGCGGGUUUGAGGCUUCGGGCAACCUUGCAGUCCCCGCGGCGCCCCAUUUCAUUGUCGGGUCGGAGGUGGAGGCAUCCUUGAGGAAGCUCAAGGAGCAGUUGCUCGAGGAGGGAGUGUCUGUGAUUGCUGUGACCGCCCCGGGUGGGUGUGGGAAGACCACUCUGCUUAAGAAAUUGUGUCAUGACGCAGCAAUUAAAGGCAAAUUUAAGGCCAAAAUCAUGUUUGUCCCUGUCUCGAAGAAGCCCAACCUGAUAGACAUUGUCCAGAAAAUGUAUCAACAUAAUCAAUGCAAGGUACCCGUGAUUGAAACAGAAGAUGAUGCAGUUCGCUGCUUGCACCAACUGCUCAACGCAAUCGGACAAGAUCCUGUGUUGCUUGUGCUGGACGAUGUCUGGACUGGAUCUGAAUCCUUCAUUAUGAAUUUCAUCUGCAAUGACCUCAGAGAUUACAAAAUUGUGGUGACAUCAAGGUAUGAGUUUCCUGCUUUUCGUCCUGUGCAUCACCUGAACCCACUGACUCAUGACGAAGCCGUGGAACUUUUCCGUCGAUGCGUGACUGUUGAUGAUAGAAGCGUGGAUGCGCCAGAUGAUAAGCUCUUGGAUCAGAUAGUGAAACUCUGUAAUGGAUUGCCAUUGGCUCUUACAGUCGUCGCCGAGACUCUUCGAGGAGCGGAUCGUUCAUUCUGGCAAAUAACACUUCUUGAAUUGGCUAAAGGCCAUUUCCUUUCUGAUUCGGAGAAUGACAUUCUCGAUUAUCUCAAAAAGAGCUUGGACGACUUGGAUGGUGAACCUUGGGUCAAGGAGCGUUUCAUGGACCUCGGGUCGUUUCCGAAGGAUCGCAUGAUUUCCACCACUGCUCUCAUUGAUAUGUGGGUGGAAUUGUAUAACCUAGAUUGCGAUGGCAUGCGCGCCAUUAAUGACCUCCAUAGAGUCGUUUACAGGAAUCUAGCUAAUCUCGUAGUCAGCAGGAAAGAUUCAAGUGAUGACAACGAAUAUUACAGCGGCCACUAUACUAUGCAGCACUAUAUGCUCAGAGAGCUGGCUAUCAGGGAGUGCAACGAGGCGGAAAUAGAGAAGAGAGAGAGAAUCAUUCUGGAGUUGAUUGGAAAUAGUUUUCCUGGCUGGUGGAGCGAGCAAAAGCAACAGCCUCUCUGUGCUCGUCUAGUGUCCAUCUCCACAGAUAAAACAUUCUCAACACCCUGGCCAAAUCUUGAAUUGCCUAAAGCUGAGGCUCUUGUCUUGAACUUCCAGACCUACGAGCAAACCGAAUCUUAUGCUUUGCCUGAAUUCAUUGAGAAGGCGGACAAGCUCAAGGUACUCAUAGUAACAAACUACGGUUUUCUUCCUGCUGAGCUGCACAAUUUCCAUGUCAUCGGUUCCAAUUUAAGGAGGAUUAGGCUCGAACACGUCAUGGUUUCUUUCCUAAACUUGGGAAAAUUACGGUUGCACAGUUUGCGAAAGAUAUCCUUUUUCAUGUGCAACAUCAGUCAGGCUUCGAUGCCGAACGACGCAAAAAUCUCUGAUGCAAUGCCCACCUUAGAGGAACUCGACAUUGACUAUUGCAACUAUCUUGUGACGUUACCAGAUUGCAUCUGUCAGAUAAAGACUUUGAGGAAGCUUAGCAUCACAAACUGCCCUGAUUUCUAUGCUCUCCCUGAACAAAUUGGGUUAUCGGCGUCCCUCGAAGUGGUCAGGCUUAAUUCCUGCACAAACUUGUCACAAUUACCAGACUCAAUUGGAAGCCUCCAAAAGUUGAGAUUUCUAAAUAUAUCUGAUUGCAAUAACCUGAGCACCUUGCCUGAUCAAAUUGGACAAAUGGUUAAUCUCCAGAAAAUACACAUGAGAGGAUGUCUAAGGUUGUCUGUGCUGCCACCAACGAUCGUGAAGCUGAGGAACUUAAGAAAGGUGUUUUGUGAGAAAGAAAAAGCCGUCCUGUGGGGGCCUCUCAAGAGCAGUCUCAAUGUCUUGAAUAUAAUAGCGUCUGAAGAAGAGGCUAGCUUAGAUUGGUUGCGUGAUUAAGAGGAGGGCGAUUGCUCCUGUACUUUGCGCUUUUUUUUUAAAUGUGGACGGCCGAGCCAUUGCUGACUGGACCAAAUAAUUGAUGAGG